AGUUGUCCCAAAACCUAACUCACGUCAGAGUCCUAAAGGAUCGACAUAGUUUUUUCUCCUAAUUUUUUAACCAUGAUAAUGUGGGGUUUGGCAAGUACAUUAAGACUGAUCACUAGCAAAAAGUCUAUAAAUUCCCCUAAAAUCCAUCUUCAAUUCCACAUCACCCUCCAAUUAAUAUUUGAUCAGCCUUGUGACUUGUUGAAUAAGAAAUAAGCUGAAAAUGAGUUUCCUACUCAAAAAUCUCCCACUUUUUUUCACAAUCUUCUUCUUGUUGUUCAACUCUUCCAUUGCUAUGUAUAAUAUCAAAAACUACGGAGCGAAAUCGAAUGGAAAAAUCGAUUCAUCCAAAGCCUUUAUGAGUGCAUGGGAUGCAGCAUGUGCAUCUACUAGCCCAGCCACCAUUUACGUACCACAAGGAAGUUACUUGCUUAAAAAUGCAUAUUUCCACGGCGAAACAUGCAACAGUAAGGCUAUUACCUUACGCAUCGAUGGCAAUAUACUAGCUCCAUCAGAUUAUAAUGUCAAUCGGAAGGAAGAAAAUUGGAUUAAAUUUGAAAGAGUUAAUGGAGUUUCCAUCUAUGGAGGAACCUUAGAUGGACAAGCUACUAGUCUCUGGGCUUGCAAAACGUCUGGCAACAAUUGUCCCCAAGGAACAAUGGGACUUACAUUUUCCAACUCGAGCAACAUAAAUAUCAGUGGAUUAACAUCAAAAAAUAGCCAAAUGUUCCACAUAUUGGUAGAUAGUUGUGAGAAUGUGAAGCUACAAGGAGUUAAGGUUUCGGCUCCGGGAAACAGUCCCAACACCGAUGGAAUUCACGUUCAAUAUUCGUCUAGAGUUACCAUAAUGAACUCACGUAUUGGCACCGGAGAUGAUUGUAUCUCAAUUGGACCUGGUACCUCCAACUUAUGGAUCGAAAACAUAGCAUGUGGCCCCGGUCAUGGAAUAAGCAUUGGGAGUUUAGGCUGGGAAGUACAAGAACCUGGAGUACAAAAUGUUAUAGUUAAAACCGUCACUUUCACAGGAACACAAAAUGGAUUGAGAGUAAAAACAUGGGCAAGAUCAAGCAAUGGAUUUGUCAGAAACAUUCUUUUCCAGCAUAUAGUUAUGACAAACGUUCAAAACCCUAUCAUUAUUGACCAAAAUUACUGCCCUAACAAUGAAAAUUGUCCUCAUCAAGGAUCCGGUGUGAAAAUCAGUGACAUAAAGUAUCGAGACAUACGCGGUACAUCAGCGACAGAAGUUGCAGUGAAAUUUGAUUGUAGCAAAAAUAAUCCAUGCAGUGGGAUAUCAUUAGAAGAUGUAAAUCUUAGCUACAGAGAUCAACCAGCUGAAGCUUCUUGUGCUAAUGCUGGAGGAAGAGCUUCUGGUUUUGAAAAACCGAAUAGUUGCUUAUAGGUUAAUUAGAAAAUAUGGAUGAAACCAAUGAUUUCAUAUUUAAAUUUUCUUAUAAGCAAGGUAGACACCAUAUAAUAUUAAUGGAAGAAUGUAAGUUCAAAAGUUCAGUUAUUUUUAAGUAGAAACCGUGUUUGCUGGAAAAUCGUGUGGGUACAAAUCAAGUUAGAUGUGUAAAAAGAGAUAGUAAUACAUAAUUAACUCUUU